UUUAUUUUGACGUGGAAGUUGUUUUGUCUGCGCGAUUUCAGUGGCUUCACUUUCCCUGUUCAAAUUCCACUGCAACAGUUUAUCCUGGCAAGUUAUUCUCUAAUUAGAUCAAAACUCUUCCAACACCAUGACUGCAAACAAGUAUUCCAUAUUGUUACCGACCUACAAUGAACGGGAGAAUCUUCCCAUAAUUAUCUGGUUGAUUGUUAAAUACAUGCAGGAAGCGCGAAUCGACUACGAAGUGAUUGUGAUCGACGAUGCCAGCCCCGAUGGGACCCUGGAGGUGGCCAAGGAGUUGCAGAAAAUCUACGGCUCAGAUCGGAUCGUGCUUAGACCGAGGGCCGGCAAACUUGGCCUGGGAACGGCGUACGUGCACGGUAUCCAGCAUGCAACCGGAAACUUCAUCAUCAUCAUGGAUGCCGACCUGAGCCAUCAUCCCAAAUUCAUUCCCCAGUUCGUGGAGCUGCAGCAGCAGUCCAACUUGGACGUGGUAUCCGGAACACGCUACGUCGGAGAUGGCGGAGUCUAUGGGUGGGACUUCAAACGGAAGCUCAUCUCCCGGGGAGCCAAUUUCCUGUCCCAGCUGUUGCUCCGGCCGAAUGCUUCCGAUUUGACCGGUUCUUUCAGACUUUACAAAAAAGACGUCCUCAAAGAGCUCAUCUCCCGGUGCAAAUCCAAGGGUUACGUGUUCCAGAUGGAGAUGAUCGUACGGGCCCGGCAACUGAACUACACCGUCGGGGAAGUUCCGAUUUCUUUCGUCGAUCGUGUUUACGGACAGUCCAAGCUGGGUGGUUCGGAAAUCGUGCAGUUUGCCAAGAAUCUGCUGUAUCUAUUUGCGACCACUUGAAUUAGUCUUACUUAAGUUGAUGGAAGAGAGAAAGUUAUAAAUGCAAUUUGUCCUUUUAAAGUUUAUGUUAACUGUAUGCAUUUAUUUAAGAAUUAAAAACAAAUAAAAAAGAAAUC